CAACAACCAAAACAUCCCCCCAACAUUCUCUCCAGGGUUGUUGUAUUGCGCUUCUCCCAAAACAUCCGACACUCCCUUUUUCUUGCAAAUCCCCUUCUUGAAGCCCUCUUUUGAUAUUCCCCUUUCUUCAGUGAUUGCUCUUUGUUACCGCUUGUGUACCCUGAUCUGCUGCAUCUGCUGUGAUACAGCACCCCGCACUCACUACCAACUGAGUAUAAACAAAACACCUCCCCGGGCAACAAGCUCCCAUCCUGUCCCAACUUGAUUUAUACGGAACCAUGUCGCUGUCCCAGUUGUACAAACAGUUUCUGGCGUCGCCGAACGCUUCGUUCCUGGCCGAUGAUGCGUCGUUGUGCUACGUGCCAACGCUGGUCACCAUAAACAAUGCCACCGCUGUGAUCAAGCACUACACUUCGCAAGCAAAGCAGCUCUCCAAGAAGGCAGAGAAGUUCGUCUCGGUCGUCGAGGGAAGCAAUGCCCUGAGCAUCGACGUCGAGACCACGAUUGAGUUCCAGACAGGAGGAGGUGCCUACCUCCCGGGGCUCGAUGACAAUUUCCUUACCGAGAAAGUCGUGGUUCUGCCAUCGAUCCACAUUGUCCACUUCGACGAGCAGCAGAAGAUACGCCAAAUCAGGAAAUACUGGGACCAAGGCUCGCUUCUCAAGUCCAUCGAAGUCAUCGGCGCCCGCGCCCGAAAUUGGCCUCUUCGAGAUGGUAAAGAUCAAGUCCGCCUGAUCAGCACCUACGCUGCUGCCUUGACCGGUGGUCCCGGCCCGUCUGCGCCUCCCACUGCGUCCCGACGCACCACCGCGUCUCGCGAUUCCGAUCACAGGCCCCUGAAAUCCCGUUCUCAUGCCGGCAGCACGACUAGCGCGACCAACGAUCCGCAUGCAACUCUGUCGUUGUUCGGUCCGCGCAGUGUAGAUGAAGAUGAGCGGUCUUUCGGUCCAGGGCCCACUCCCCGCGCGUCUGCCCGCCCUCCCACUCGGGAUCUGGAAGCCAUACUAGGCGGCAGCGAAGACCCUCCCGCGCAAUCGUCCCCUGGCGCAUCAGUCCGAAGCCCGUCUCCGCACAAGAGGAUGGGUAUUGCCCCUAAAUCCGGCGCAGGCAAGAACUUCCAGCCGACCCGGCUAUUCGAAGAGGAGGAGGCCCCGAUAGAGAAGGGCAUCAAGACCAAUGCCAAGAAAUACAACCACUUCGAAUUCGGAGAAGGCGAGGAGGUGCACGUAAACCAGGCCGAGCGAGAUGCCAAGCAUAAGGCCAAGCACGGCAGCCAGUGGGGUUUCGAGGACUUCGCGACGCCGCAGGCCCCCAAGACCAGGGUGCGUCCCAACGAGGAGCGCCACUUCGGCUGGAGCGACGACGAAGAAAAGUCGCCCGUCCGCCGCCCGAUCGUCCAUCGCGCCCGACCCGAUGCCGAAACGCACUUCGAGUUCGUCGACGACGGCACCCCAGGCGCCGAACGACGCAUCAUCGGCGGCGCCAAGGGCCGUACGGCCAACAAUGGUCAGGGACUCUACAAGGACCAGAUCCUUGGCGACGACAGCGACACGCCCGUCAAGAACGCGGGUGCCGGCGCCAAGAAAGGCCCGCUCACGUCCAUCACGACGAACCCCAACAACGUGGCGCGCACCAAGGACUUCGGCGCGCACUGGGACAUGACGGACGAGAGCCCGGAGGUGACGCAUACGGGGGAGAACGUCGGCCCGACGGCGCGGAAGAAUGUGUCGGAAGACAGGAAGAAGGUCAUCAAGGGCCUCGACGCCACCUGGGAGAUGACCGACCAGUCUCCCGAGCCGACCCGGCAGAUCUACAAGACCGGGGGCGACGGGAUGGGUGGGAAGAAGGGAGGACGGAGCUGGGGCAUCGGUGAUGAGAGCGAAGGGGAGGCUGAGAAUGUGAGGGCGGGAGAAAGAAAGGGGAGAGGGGGGAGGGGAAGAGCAGCGGCUCCGGGGGAGCAGUCGACGAAGGACUUCUGGGAGUUCUGAAGUGAGUCGGUAGGGGAGGGAAAUUGUUCUCUAUGGGUUUCAAAGCGUAUCGAUGAAGCAUUAUGAUGUAUGAUGACGGAUCGACAGAUUGACGACGCGCUUUGAAGCUGUUCCUUUUGUGUCUGAUAUCCAAGUUGGUAGUCUAGCGGAUUCUCAGCUUUAAUACUAUAAGAUACUUCGAUUCUGGGAUGGUGUCUUGCUGACAGGGGUAUCAUGCUUUUGCCGUUUCCAAUGCCAUAUUCGUCUUCGUCCCUCCGGUUUCGAUCUUCGAGGUUAAUAU